AUGCCAAGUUCUAUCAAAAUUAAUAUUAAACCAAGCAAUUUUAUAUUACAAUAUUCUGGCUUAAAUGACUUUAAGAAAAUUCUUAAGCAAGAAUUUGAGACUCUUAAGAAUAUAAGGCUGGAGAAUAUUAAAUUUUUCUCUGAUAAGGAUCAAACACAAACUCAUUUUGGUGUUGUAUUGCUAGCGGAUCUUGUUACAACUGAUUCAUGCCUAUUUAUCAUUCGAUACCCAUUAUCCAUGUCGAGUA